UAAGAAUGUGGUGUAUGGUCAGAAAACCCAGUGAAUUAGUCAUUCUAAUCCAUUAAAUGUAAUAUAUAAUUUAGCAUAUUUUAUUUUAAGUGGUUGGAUUGUAGAAUGAAUGACAUUAAUCAAGCCAACCAUUCUUCACAGCCCAAGCCAUAUUAUACUUUUGAUGACCCUUUAAACGAGAAAAAACUUCGGGUUUGGGUGGGUAGUAUCCCUGGAUUCGUGGAAACCGACGAUUUGCUAAUGGCACUGCAGGUCGCUGGAGUCCCUCCCGUUUCAGAGAUUGUUUUUAAGAAGUGUCCCAUCAGAAGUUGGGGAUUCUUGACUUUUAAGACUUUCGAGGACGCUUCCGAAUGUAUACAGUUAAUUCACGGCAAGAAACUUUUUGAACAAUCGGACUAUACAAUUGAGGCACGGUUUGCAAACCCUCACGAGUCCGGACAGAAGAAUGAAAAUUACAGAAACCACUCCUCGGGCUUUCUUAGCGACGCCCAUAGGACCUCUCUUAUCAACUCUCUGACUGAGGAGAGCUAUGAUUUAUUACAGGACGCUGGGCGAACCACAUUGUGGCAUGUAUACAAGGACGAAAACGGUGUUCCUUACUACUAUAAUUCAAUCACAGGUCACACCCAGUGGGAAAGGCCAAUCCCUCCUCUCCUAGCUGUUGAAGCUUCAACUUCUUUCAUGAGUGAUCGUAAUAGGUUGAAUGCACCUCCAGGUUCAAAUUUGUUUAUAUUUCAUAUUCCCAACGUAUGGGACGAUGCUGAACUCUCCAUGCACUUCACUCCAUUUGGUAAUUUAGUCUCAGCGAAGGUUCAAAGGGACGCUAAUGGAUGCAACUCAGGUUUCGGGUUUGUAACCUACGAUAAUCCUAUAAGCGCCAGUGCAGCUGUACAUCUAAUGAACGGGUUUGCAACCCAUUCGAAAAUUUUAAAAGUACAACACAAAAGCAACAAUAAUGAAUAAUUUUAAAUUUCUACUAAUUCAUAAUACCUUUUAAAACGUACAAUUCAGGCAAAAUUUAGUACAGGAGGGUUAACUAUAUUACAUUAUUUAGGCUUCAGCAUGAGAAAUUUAAUCAGCCUAAUUGCAAGGAUAAUUAGGACUGU